AUGACGGCAAUCAGGAAAAGCCGAGAGGACCCUAGCGGCCUGACAGGAACGCAGAUGCCAUCCAUAACAACACCUAAAAACAUCACUAAGAUCGGAUGUUGGAACACAACCUCUGGAGAGACCAUCUUGUACUCGGGAGCUGAAGAGCAUCAUAGAGGAGUAGGACUUAUACUUAGCAGGAAAAGCCGACAGAGCUUGAAGGAAUGGAAUUCUGUUAAUGACAGAAUCAUCAGCGCACGCUUUUUCUCCCGCUUUGUUAAGCUAACAAUGAUACAAUUAUACUGCCCAACAAACGAGGCAGACGAAGCGGAUAAAGACACCUUCUAUGAACGGUUUCAAAGAGAGAUCGCAAAAGUGCCAAAACAUGACAUACUGAUGGUAAUGGGUGAUGCAAAUACAAAAGUGGGAAAGUCAAAUGAAGGAUGGGAAAGAGUCAUGGAACAAGAGGGCAUUGGGAUUAUGAAUGAAAACGGCAUGAGGUUAGCAGAAAUGUGCGCUCUUAACAAUUUAAUCAUCUGCGGAACCCUCUUUAAGCACCUCGACAUACACAAGCUUACAUGGGAGUCACCGAUUGGAAGAGAUAUGAACCAAAUUGACCAUGUAAUGGUGGACGGCAGGUACAAGAAGUCUAUAUGUGAUGUAAGAGUUAUGCAUGGUGCAGAUGCCAAUUCAGAUCACCUUCUAGUAUUGGCUAAAAUAAAGAUGAAGCUCAGCAGAAACUUAAAGCCGAAGGAAAGCAACAGGAAGAUGUAUGAUGUCAACAAGAUGAAAGAUCCAAAUAUAAGCAAAGGAUUCCAACUUGAACUAAGGAAUAGGUUUCAACAACUGGUCGAUGACGAAAGCACAAUUAAUGAAAAAUGGACUCUUGCAAAAGAAGCAUAUAAUGAAACAGCGGAAAAGAUCAUGGGCCAGAAGAAAGGGAAGCACAAAGACUGGCUAACUGCAGAAAAUAGCAGAGCCAUAGACGAAAGGAGAAAACUAAAGGAAGAAAUAGGAAGAUCAAAUUCGGAAAGAAUAAAGGAAAUCAAGAGAGAAGAAUAUAAGACCAAAGACAAAGAAGUGAAAAGAAGAGCAAGAGCUGAUAAAAGGGAAAAUCUGGAAGAUGUAGCUAAUCAAGCAGAAAAUGCAGCAAACACAAACCGUCUGAAUGAAGUUUACCAACUGAUCAAGCAGCUUUGUGGGAGAAAAAGAAACAGGACAAGUGGCAUAAGGUCCAAGAAUGGUGAACUUUUCAUUAAGGAUGGAAAAAUAUUGGAGAGAGGAAAAAGCAUUUUGAAGAGGUCCUUAAUGUCCCAUCAGAAACAACAGAUUUACCUGAAGGAUGCACCAUCCAAGAGAAUGAAAUUGCAGAAAUUGACACAACACCAAUUAGAGAAAAAGAGGUUAAAAAGGCAAUCCAAAAAAUGA